AUGGUACAUACCGAACUGAGCGACCGCACCUCUUUACGUCUCUGUGCAAAAUACGAAUUUCUGAAAAGGAAUUCAGCCAGAGAAGCUCAUCGAAAUAUUUGUGAAAUGCUGAUAUCGGAAAAGGCACAACACAAUUAUCAAAGCCAAAAAACGACACAUGUGUUGAGAAAACGUCGAGAAAACUUCAGAGAAUCCACCGAAACUGAUUCUGAUUCUGAAGAACCGGAUGAUUGGAACAAAGAACAUGAUGAAGAAUUUCAAGUCGAUUAUCCAAUUGAAAAAUUAGAAGCUGAUUUCCGAACGUUCAACCUUUAUAUGUUGGUAAAAACGGAAAUGGACCACACUGUUCCACAUCUAAACAGACGGAUGUUCCUUGAAGCCAAUAUACUAGAAAGGUUGGCUCUUCGUGAUGCAUAUCCAAAGAAUCAUAAAGAACUACAAGAACUACGUGAUUACAAUUUUUUCAUAGAUAAAAAUAAAUUUGACUUUAUGAAUGUCACCAGAGAAUAUGGAAAGGUCAAGACCGUCAUGGGAAAAGGCGAUACAGAUGUAUCGUGGAAAUUGGAACAUUGGAGAUGUCAAAAAGACGGGAGAACGAUGAUUUGGAAAGGAUACCAUGCGAAUUUCUAUUGCUGCCGAAGGUUCCAACAAUGGGCAUCUGAACACAUAUGUUAUUGUCUUCAACGAACGCAAGAAAUACGACGAAUUCGAGAAACACAUUUGAAGAGCUUAAAAAUUGUCACCAAGCCACGCAAUUUGUGGUAUCCAGCUGUCGAUCCGUUCUACAAGUUUUAUCAGCAGCUAGGACAUCAUGCAAAAAGCAAGACUUUCAUAGUUGACCUUUUUCAAUUGGAACUUGGUUGGUUCGAUGAUUCAACGGAGCAGAACAUGAAACCAACCAAAAUGUUGAUGCACAAUUUUAAGUCUCUGAAAAAAAUUGAAUUUAGAAAAUGGACGGAAAGUUUGAAGCCCGAAAAUAAUAGAGUUUUGACGAUGAGCAAGUGGAUAACGAUUUUCAGUUCAAAUGAAUGGUGUAAGGCUCCAGACUUGGAUGUUGUGGAUCCGAAUAUCAAAAUGGAUGCUAGGAAUUUUAUGUAUUUCGAAAAAAUCUAUAUUCAUUUGCCGGUACAGGAUAUUUAUCAGUUUUCUCAACAGAUCAAAGAACAUAUCAACAAGCCAAGGAUGGUAUUUGAAGUAGAAGAGGAAUAUAAUUUUGAUGCGGCUGCACGAGUGCUACAGCAAUAUUUAAGGGACGAAAUUGUAGAGCGGAAAUUUUUAUUGCAUGAGAGGAAGCAAAUUUACAUUCAAUUGUGUUCCGAUGAGCAUCAAAUCGUUUGUACGCGGGAACAGCGGAUUCCAAUUUUGAAGGCUGCUAUCGGAACAGCUGGAAAGCUUGUGGGACGAUCGUGA